UACUACUUGGCAGCUCUUUUGGGUGUAAUUGCGCAGAAAUUUAGAAAGGAGAGCAGCUUUUUGAGAGUGAACGUACAUAACAGCAGCGGCAGGCAAUGUAGUCUUCCACUUCAACCGUGGAGGGCGGUGCGUCGCUUCCUUCGACGGGGACCGACGCGACAAAGCGCCGUGUUACUUAUUUCUACGACCCUUACAUCGGGGACUAUUACUACGGCCGGGACCAUAUAAUGAAGCCUCAUCGUAUUCACGUUGCCCACACUCUUGCUUGCCACUAUGAUCUUCAUCGGCGAAUGGAGAUCACUCAGCCGUUCCCGGCGAGUGCGGAGGAUAUUCGGCGGUUCCACUCGCCGGAGUACGUCGACUUUCUCUCUUCCGUUUCACCCGAGACUCUUCACUACCAGAAGCAUGAUGACCACGACCUUAAACGCUUCAACCUCGGAGACAAUUGCCCUGUUUUUGGGCUUUUUGGUUUUUGUCAAGCUUCUGCCGGUGGAUCCAUUGGCGCCGCCGUUAAGCUUAACCGACAAGAUGCUGACAUAGCCAUCAAUUGGGCUGGUGGGUUGCAACAUGCAAAGAGAAGCGGGGCCUCCGGAUUUUGCUAUGUUAAUGAUAUUGUUCUUGGAAUUCUUGAACUUCUAAAGGUCCACAGGUGUGUAUUAUAUGUUGAUAUUGAUGUUCACCAUGGAGAUGGAGUUGAGGAUGCUUUUUACACCACAGAUCGGGUCAUGACAGUGUCGUUUCAUAAGUUUGGGGACUUCUUUCCUGGUACAGGACAUAUCAAAGACAUUGGUGGAGGUGCUGGGAAGUACUAUGCCUUAAACGCCCCUUUGAAUGAUGGGAUUGAUGAUGAAAGUUUCCGUCACCUAUUCCGUCCUAUAAUCCAAAAAGUAAUGGAGGUCUAUCAAUCAGAUGUUGUUGUUCUUCAGUCUGGUGCUGAUUCACUAGCCGGAGACAGGUUGGGCCGUUUCAACUUGUCUGUCAAAGGCCAUGCAGAUUGCCUUCGAUUCCUCAGGUCUUUCAAUGUCCCUCUGAUGGUAUUGGGCGGUGGAGGUUAUUCAAUUCGAAAUGUUGCCCGGUGCUGGGCCUAUGAGACAGCAGUUGCAGUUGGAGUAGAACUUGAGAAUAAAUUGCCUUACAAUGAGUUUUACGAGUACUUUGGACCUGAUUAUACUCUUCAUUCUGUUGAACCAUUGCCUAUCCAGAAUCAGAAUUCACCUCGGGAUCUGGAGAAGAUUAGGAAUAUGUUGCUGGAGCAACUCUCACAAUUACCUCAUGUGCCUAGUGUUCCAUUUCAAAUGACACCUUUCACAACAGAAGUUCCAGAAGAGAGAGAGGAAGAUUUGGAUCAAAGGCCAAAACCACGGAUAUGGCAGAGACAAGACUUUUGAUACUGAUGAAGAUGAGAUCAAAUUCCUUGCUCUCCAACUUGUAAAGUUGCGUGAAUCAUCAAGUCAAAGAUGAACAUGGUUGAUGCACGCCUUAGUCCAAAGCUCUCUUCAACAUGUUGCCUAUCAGCAGAUACUGAAACGUUAAACUUUCCUCGCACUUUUAUUAACAAGUACAUGCACCGCUAUAUCCUGGUCUUGGUCCAUUCGGGUUACGCAGUUUAGUUAGCAUUGUAGAAUUGAGUGAUUGACUCAUCUGCUCAUACUAAAGAGAUUGUAUUAGGGGGAGGCUUGAAUAUACUAAUAGAACUUUGUGUAUUUGGUGAAUAGAAAUUUGCGCAUAACAUCUCAGCAUGCUACUUUCUUUUUCUCUGA